AUGUCAGAACAACAAUAAUAAUAUUGGCCUAUUUUUACAGAGAAGGAUGAGAUCAAAACAUUCUGGAAUAAGAAACCCAUCAAUUUUGUCAAAUAAACAAUCUCCUACCAGCAAUUAAUGAAACGGAUUAGUUGGAAAAGCAACAAGCCUACCGAAUAUGAAUUUUUAUUAAGUGAAGAAGGAGUGUUAUUUUAUAAGAAAAACAAUAAAGUGAAGGGAUAUGUUUAGUUGAAUGAGGACAUCAGCUUAAAAUUAAUCGAUCUGAAGAUUUCCAACAAGAAAGCAGAUGCUGUUAAGGUUAUUCGAAUCAAGAGAACUAAAGACAUUUUCCUCUACAUUUGGAAUCACGAUUACUAGUAUACCUUCCAAUUUCUAAAAUAUUUAUGUUAAUUCUGUUUUGUUCAAAAUUUAGAUGAACUCUACACAUUACAAGAUGUCAUAGGAAAAGGCGGAUUCUCGAAGGUGUAUACUCUCACCCCCAAUAUAAGACUACCGAAUCAGCCCUUCAAUUAUGCUGGUAAAGUUUAUAAUAAAAACGAAUUAUUAUCUAAAAAAGACCUUAAGAAGUUUUAUCAUUUCAUCCGAAGUGAGUGCUAUAUACUGAAAAGAAUCAAUUUUCCGUAUGUGCUUAAACUAUGUGAAAUCAUUCAACUGGAGGAACUCCUAAUAUUGGUGACUGAAUAUAUCAAAGGAGGAUCCCUCUACCAGUAUUUGAAGGAACGAAAACGACUCUCAGAAAUAGAAUCUACUCAGAUCUUGCUCAAAUUAGCACUAGGGUUACAAUAAGUUCAUAAUCUAGGAUACGUUCAUAGAGACAUUAAAUUAGAGAAUGUACUUAUCGAUAAAGAUUAGUUGAAAUUAAUUGACUUUGGAUUUGCAGAAAAAAUAUGCAGAGAUAGACUAGUCAAUGGUCAAGGAACGGCUGGUUACAUUGCACCAGAAGUAUUCAUGAAAUAACCUUACCAAGAAGUAGGCGACAUUUUUAGUUUAGGAGUUAUAUUUUAUUCAAUGUUAUCAGGUAAGGCUCCAUUCAGAUCUAAUACUUACGAUGCCUUGCUUAAGUUAAAUAAGGAAUGUCAGAUUGAAUUUUCAGAAUUGAGAUUCCCUAAUGUUAGUCAAAAGACUAUGUAUCUGUUAAAAGCCAUGCUGUCUAAAUAACCAGAGAAUAGAAUUAAUUUGUAAGAUCUCUUAAAUCAACUCACUGUUUGUUAAAUCUUAUCCCCAACAAAUAACAUGGCUUCUACACAAUCUAUUGUGGAAGGCUCUGUAGGCAUAAGCUUUAACCAUUUGCAAUCUAAAAACACUCUAAAAUCAUUUUAUCAAAAUAGUUAAAACUCAUUCACUGAAAACCAUAGUUAAAUGUCUUAAUAAAAACCAUCUAAAAACUUAAGGGAUAGAAGAUACAAGAGUUAAAGCUUAGAUAAGAAAGGACUGCUUUUGAAAUCAUCCUCUUUUAAACCAUCACUAAAAAACAUAUAUCAGAUUAAAAUUGAAUAAUCAGACGAUAAUAUAUCAAUAACUGAUUUGGAUUAACCAAUACCUUAUGAGAAUCUUCGAUUUCUUCAAACUUCUUAUUAAACAUUAAACUGCCAAAAGUUUAUUUGA